ACUGACUAGAACACAAGCAUGCACAGGAGCGCGCGGCAGCUCUAUCUCGCUCUCUGAAGAAAUCUCAAGCGAGAUCAAACUGUGGAAUAAAUCAAUGGGAGUUUAUAAAAUCCUGAAAGGAGUUUGUCAAAGUUGUAUUGACUGCUCGUGGAGUUCACAUUUGUUGACACGACAAAUGAGUCUCAUCUAGAUGACUUUCAUGUGGUACGGCAUGGAAGACCACACUGGUUGGUCUUUCCUGUAGGAUGGUGGCGCACAGUUCAGUGGAAGGGAAUCAAGGCACAGAAGAACCCAGAGCGAGUACAGACGCAUCCCCAGAAGUCUCCCGAUCCCAGCCCUCCAGAUCCGGCCAGCACGCAGACUCCUGGCGCAAACUCGAGACGCAUUUCAGGCCUUUCAACGCUGAGAGAGACUUCAAGACAAUCUCCAAGACCACUUCCAUGUUGGAAGAGAGUGGCUUCUACUGGGGUCCCAUGACUGUUGAGGAGGCCCAUCAUAAGUUGAAAAAAGAGCCAGUUGGAACUUUUCUCAUCCGGGACAGUCGUCAGGUUAAUGUAUUCUACACGCUUAGUUACAAGGACACGAAUGGUCCGGUGAGCAUCCGGAUUAACUUCAAGAAUUCCAAAUUCAAUUUGACUGGCAGCAAGGAAUCUUUUGACUCUCUUUUCAAACUGCUGGAAUAUUACGUCAAAUCGCCGAAGAAGGCUCUGAUCAGACCUUGCAGAAAAGAACCAGUCCAGUCUCUGCAGCAGCUGUGUCGCAGCCGGAUUAUCGAAACAUGCGGCGGAAAAGACAUCGACCGCAUUCCUGUGCAUCCAAUCCUCAAGGACUUCCUCCAUGCCUUCCCUUAUCCGCUAUGAAGACUAGACUUGUUGCAUUAAAACGCUGCUGGAACCCUCUGGAGAUACUUGAUAGACUCCUUAUGGUCCUGCUCUGUUUUAAGAAGCAGGCAUCAUUUUGUAGCACAUUUUGGAAUAUCAGUCAUGAACACUGCUUUAUGAAAGUUUACAUUGUGUGUGAAUGUUUACACUAUACAGGAAAAUUGUUGUUUUCCUUUCAAUACAUUUCUGCUAUGCAGAGUGAAAUAUUACAAAGUAAUAUUUUUUAUAUAAAUAAUAAAUAUAUUUGUGAACCAUUUAAACAAAAA